AUGAGUUCAUAUUAUCUUUAUUAAGCACCUUUGCCAAAACAACUCAUAUCCACCCUAUUUGAUGGUACAAACUCAAUGAAAAGAGAAUAUCACUCAAUCAUUUCAACAUACAAUGAAGUUUUUAAUGAUUUUAGUUAAACAGAAAGACAGCAAUAUUAAUGGACAAAAGGCUUAAGUUAGAUCAAUCCAUUUAUCGGAGCUGAUUUUGGAAAUCUAAACUAAUCUCUCAAUCAAAUAUUUCUAAAUUUAUUAUCAGCUCAAUUUCCAUAAUACAUCACAAUAAUAUUAAUUACAGAUGGGGGAGAACCAUUGGAUUCUGAAUCCUUAGAAAAAUUAAUUUAAGAAGUUAAAUCCAAAUAUUUUAUUUAAUUUAUCACAAUAGUAAUAAGUGAAUAGCCAACACCUAUUAAAGUUCUAGAAACUUUGAAUGCUUUGUUUAAAUCAGAAAAAAAUAAUUUUAAUUCAGAAUAUAUUAUUAAAAGAUCAUCAAGGAAAAGUAUUUACCAAAUUUAGAAAGAUUUUCGAGAAGCCUUUACAAAUAUUAAGUAAUAAUUAGUAUCUUAUUAAUAACAAGAUAUUCUAGAUCAAAAAGUAAGCACUAUUAUUAAUCAAUCAGAACUAACAGAUAAAGUUGCUCCAAAGACUUUGUUUUUGGCUGAAAAAGGCAUAGAAAUUAGUACAUAAAAUGUUAAAAUUAAUAAGACAACUUAAAUUUGUCACAUUUUAUAAAUUUUACAAAAAUCAUUCCUAGCUACUCUCAAGAAAUUUUCUGAACUCACAGUUUCAGGUUUGAAAAAUGAAUGUUCAGAAAUACUAAGAGUUACCAAUUAAUUAUUAAGUUAAACUGAUAAUGAUAAUAGAUCAGAUGAAUUUCAUACAAUCUCAUUAAUUUUAAAAAUAAUCACAUCAAUUAUCAAUAACACUUGCAAUUGGUAAUCAAUAGAUUGUCAUUUAUUUGAUGACUUAUGUUUAGCAGUGUCAAAUGCUUAAGUCACUUAAUUAGAAUAAUUAUCUUUAAUUAAUUAAAGUGAAUGUUCUGUCUAAAAGAUUCAUAAUAUUGAUGAAUAAAUGAUUUCUAAACUUGACAAUUUAUCUAAAAAUGCUAUUUCAAAAUUAGAUUAUCUUAUAAAAUAGGACAAUAUAAUUAUUGAUACUUUAAAGCUAUAUAUAUAAUUGUUUUCAACUGAAAUUAAAUCUCUACAGGAUUAAAAAGCUCAUCUUAAAAAGUUAGUUAUGAUACUUCAGAAUUAGUUGUCUGUUGCAUUUCAAUAAUAAGAAUUUGAAACUAUUUUCACAUCAAGAGUAUUUAUGGAUAAUACAGAAAAAUUCCUUGAAUAGUUGUAACAAUUAUUUAAGCUUAAUAAUCUUCUAAAAAUGCUAAAGUAGAUUUCAAUUGAAAGUUAUAAUGAAUAAUUACUUUAAUCUUUAAGUUAAUUAAUCAAAUUAGAACAAAAUUCAAAUAAUUAAUCAUUUAAGGAUGUUUUUAUUUUUUAUAAAGAUUUGAAAGAAUUGCCUAUUCUAAAAGAAUUAGGUCCUAACGAUGAUUAAGAGGAUAAUGAAUCUAUUUUUGUAUUAUUGAUUAAUUUGACUGAAGCUAUGAAAUUAGUUAUAGAUAAUUUAACAUAAAGUUAUCAGAAAGGUUUUAAAGAUAUUUCAAGUUCUAAGAGAAUUGAAUUGGUUUACGUUAAUAAGAAUGAGAAUAAUCAAUAAAUGAAUUAGGAAUUUUAUUUUCUUAAUCAAAGAUAGUAAUAAGAAAUGAGAUUCACUUCGCUUAUUGAAUUAUUUUAAAAAAAUUAAGAAAAGUUUUAGUUGAAAUAGAAAAAGAUAAACUUAUGCAUUUUAAUUGAUGAUGAGCUGGAUUAUUGGAAAUUACAGUUAUAAAUAACAAUGCUAAAACUCUCUUAAUAUUAUGUUAAAUUGAGUUUUAUAGCAUUAGGUUUACCUAUUUCUUAAUAUAUAUAAAAGGAAAUUGAACAAAUUGUUUAAUAGUACAGCAAUGAAUAGAUAUCAAAGUUUUUUAUUCCUAAAAAUAAAUAUAAUCUAAAAUAGAAAAAGAAAUAUGAUGACAAACAUUCGGAGAAAUUAUUUGAAGAAAUAGCAAACAAAUUUAAACAAAACAAACUCUGA